UUGACUUCCGGCUGCAGGUUUGGUCUGCUUCCGACCCAUAGAGGGCAGCAGCGUCACUCCCCAUCUUUAUCACGGCUGACCCGCGCAACUGGCGGACAGGAGCAAAUAAAUAAAGACAACAAACAACCCGGGGACACAAUGAGUUUCGACGUGAAGAAACUGAAAGUAAACGAGCUGAAAGAGGAGCUGCAGCGCCGUGGCCUGGACACUAAAGGCCUGAAGGCGGACCUGGUGGAGCGGCUCCGAGUCGCUCUGGAGACCGAGGACCAGGCGGAUGUCUCGGAGAAAGCGGAGCCGGAGGAUGAAUACGGCCAAGAGGACUUCCAGGAGAACGAGGACAAUGACGAUGGAGAGGAUCCGCAGGAGCAACAAGAUGCAGAAAUAGCUGAUGACGAUGGUGAUGGAGAUGGAGAUGUUGAAGGGGAUGGAGAUGGAGACGCUGAAGCUGAAGCUGCCGGAGUUGGUGAUGGAGUUGGUGACGUUGAUGACGAUGAAGGUGAUAUCCUUCAAGAUGAAGACGAGGGUCGUGAUUCAGGCGGUUACUACGAGGACGAGGAGGCAGAAGGAGAGCCGUAUGAGAGUCAGCCAGCGUCAGACUCCGGUCACAGCAUGCCCGACUUCACAGCAGAUGUCGAGAUACAGAAAACUGAGGAGACGCCCAAAGAGGAGGCCAAGCCUGUUCCAGAGCCAAAGGAGAACAAACCAGAAAUCAAAGAGGAGGUGAAACAGGAAGAUGAACCUGUGCCCGUUGAAGGCACACAGCAGGAUAGUGGAGACACAGAACAUCAGGCAGCUGAAGCUGCUGCAGGUCAGGCUGAGCAGGUCAAAGCGGAGGCUGAUCGGGCCGGACACUACGGCCGCAAGAGACCGUACGAGGAGGGCGGUCGCUACAACUACUACGAGCACCGCGAGGAGAAGAGAUCCCGCACACCACAACCCCCUGCUGAAGAUGAGGAAGAGAACAUAGACGACACUCUGGUCACAAUUGACACAUACAACUGUGACCUGCAUUUCAAAGUUUCCAGAGAUCGCUACAGCGGUUACCCACUGACCAUUGAAGGCUUUGCUUACCUUUGGGCCGGAGCACGAGCUACACACGGCGUCACCCACGGCCGAGUGUGUUACGAGAUGAAGAUCAAUGAGGAGAUUCCUGUAAAGCACCUGCCGGGCAGUGAGCCAGAUCCCCAUGUGGUCAGAAUCGGAUGGUCACUCAACCACUGCAGCACUCAGCUUGGUGAGGAGCCCUUUUCCUACGGAUAUGGAGGAACUGGGAAGAAAUCGGCUGACUGCAAGUUUGCUGACUUUGGUGAGAGGUUUGGUGAAAACGACGUCAUCGGCUGUUACAUUGACUUUGACACUGGUGCAGAGGUGGAGAUGGGUUAUUCCAAGAACGGAGUACCGCUGGGCGUGGCUUUCCGGACCACCAAGGAGGAGCUGGCAGGCCGGGCCCUGUUCCCUCAUGUCCUGGUGAAGAACUGUGCUGUGGAGUUCAACUUUGGACAGAAGCAGCCGUACUUCCCCCCACCAGAGGGAUACACCUACAUCCAUGAUCUCAGCAUGGAGAGCAAGAUCAGAGGCACCAAGGGACCGGAUAGCAAGUCUGAAUGCGAGAUCUUGAUGAUGGUUGGCCUGCCUGCCUGUGGAAAGACCACCUGGGCCAUAAAGCAUGCAGAGACGAACCCUGAGAAGAAGUUCAACAUCCUGGGCACAAACGCCAUCAUGGACAAGAUGAAGGUGAUGGGUCUGCGUCGCCAGAAGAACUACUCGGGCCGCUGGGACGUUCUCAUACAGCAGGCCACCCAGUGUCUGAACAGGCUGAUUGAGAUCGCUGCCCGCAAGAGACGCAACUACAUCCUAGAUCAGACAAAUGUAUAUGGAUCAGCAAGGAGACGAAAAAUGCGUCCUUUUGAAGGUUUUCAACGCAAGGCUAUUGUAAUUUGUCCCACGGACGAGGAUUUAAAAGAACGAACAUUAAAGCAAACCAAUGAGCAGGGGAAGGAUGUGCCCGAUCAUGCUGUUUUAGAAAUGAAAGCCAACUUUACUCUCCCUGAGGCUUGCGACUUCCUGGAGGCGGUGACCUACGCUGAGCUGCAGCGCGAUGAGGCCGAAACUCUGCUGAAGCAGUACAAUGAGGAGGGCCGCAAGGCCGGGCCACCCCCCGAUAAACGCUUUGACAACAGGCAGGGCGGGUUCCGCGGCCGUGGCGGCGGUAGCUUCCAGCGCUAUGACAACCGCGACGGGGCCCGCGGCGGCUACCAGAGCCGCAGUGGAGACGGAGGCAGCGGAUACAGAGGAGACGCUGUAGGAGAGAGGAUUAACGUUGUGGCGAAGACAAAAAGUUACAAUCGUGGCAGCUACAACCAGAACCGUUGGGGCAGCAGCUACCGUGACGGAGCCUCUGAUGCACGCAGCGGAUACAACCGCAGCCAGCCGUCAGGAGGCAGCUACAACCGCCCGGCCCCUUACAACAAGGGAGCAUACAACCAGGGCUACAGCCAGAGCUACAACCAAGGGUACAGCCAGGGCAGCUACAACCAGAACUACUACGGCAACUACAGCCAGUACCCCGGAUACAGCCAGAGCUACAGCCAGACGCCCACCACGGCACAGACGUACAACCACCACCAGCAACAGCCGCAGCAGCAGCCACAGCAGCAGCCACAGCAGCAGCAGCAACAACAACAACAGAGCUACAACCAGCAGUAUCAGCAGUAUGCUCAGCAGUGGCAGCAGUACUACCAGAACCAGAACCAGUGGAACCAGUAUUACAGCCAGUACGGCGGCUACCCUGGACAGGGCAGCCAAGGCUCGUCUGGUUCCCAGUAGCUUCGCUCUGCAUCUUCACCUGCAUCCUACCGUGUCCUAAACUCUCUGACCUCUGCAGCAAAUCGAUUUUGUACAGUCUCACAUUAAAGUCCCCAGCUGUUACUGUCUCUGUCCGGGUUAACACAGUAGCCUUCAUUCCUCACCAACCAAUGUACACUAAACCUGUACACAGUUUGAUGUCUUUUAAUUUGAUGUUCUUUUUUUUUUUUUUUUUUUUACUGAAUGAAGUCUUACUCUAAGCAGUGACCGUGAGGUGGUAGAGGAUAGGUAUCAAAACAUUUCAUGAAUGUUAUCUAUUAUGCAUUUAAUGUGGACGUCUGUCGAAUUGCAAACUCCACAUUUCCUACAGAUUGAAGAGGUUAUUGUAUAUUUCUAGGAUGCUUAGUGUAAAAGUCAUGACGGGGCAGGAAAAAUACAGCAAGGCCUGAAUAAUUUUGCUUGUUUUGAGAAGCUUAACAAAGAACAAAAUGCAUGCUUUUUACCUUCAUGACCCCUUUUCCCCCUGUCUUUCUCUUUAUUUCUCAGUUUACGAGUGAGCACAUUUUAUUUACUCCAAAUAGAAUUCAAAUAUUAAGGAACUUUUUUUUUAUAUAGGUGUUGAUACUGUAGUAUUUAAGCGUUAAUCCGGUCUUUGAUUGAGAAGAAUAUUUUGCCACUCUGAGUAGUUGUCUGUGCAGUUUUGUUUUUUUAAUCCCUUUGUGAUUGCUGUUCAUUGAGUCCUGUAGUCAAAAAUCCAGUUGGCACUCAUUUUUUUUCUACCUGAAAAUGAAAACCUGAUAAUGACCAGUUACCCGAGCUGUCUUCUUGUCUUUAUACAAUAAAUGCAAUUGUAUACGCCUGGA